ACGAAUCCCUCUGAUCAUGCGGAUAGUGUCGGUUUUCAUGAUAAAUGUAAACACGUGAAAUAAUCAGUCGGAAAUAAUCGUGCAAUUUUGUGUCAACAUGGAAAGAAUUAAAGAAAUAAGGACACGUGUUGAGUUAAAAGAACAUGGUCUUGAAAAUGUUCACAGUACAGAUUUCCCUGGUUCUUAUGAGGGAUAUGACGACACAUGGAGUCAGGAAAAGUUUGAAAAGAAUUUUAGGAUAGAGAUUGGAAGAUUGACAGCAGAUGAGUUAGAAUUUGAUAUGAUUGGUGUUGAUGCAGCCAUAGCAAACGCUUUCAGAAGAAUAUUACUUGCAGAGGUACCAACAAUGGCAAUAGAGAAGGUUCACAUAUACAACAACACAUCAAUUAUACAAGAUGAAGUCUUAGCUCACAGACUAGGGCUGAUACCUAUCAAAGCUGAUCCAAGACUGUUUGAAUAUAAACAAGAUGUUGAUUCGGAUCCGACAGAAGAGGAUACUAUACAGUUUGAACUCAAGGUGAGAUGUACACGUAAUCAACAUGUUAAAGAUGCAACUGAUCCAGAUGAACUAUAUAAAGAUCAUAAAGUGACAUCAAAGCAUUUGAAAUGGAUUCCAGUUGGUAAUCAAGCACAGAUAUUUAAAGAAGGUGACAUAAGACCAGUACAUGAUGAUAUUCUGAUAGCUAAACUUAGACCAGGACAGGAGUUAGAUUUGAAGUUAUUUUGUGUGAAAGGUAUUGGACAAGAUCAUGCCAAGUUCUCACCUGUUGCUACAGCCUCCUACAGACUGUUACCAGAUAUAACUUUGUUAAAGCCUUUAACAGGAGAACUCGCUGUGAAGUUACAGAGAUGUUUCUCUCCAGGAGUUAUUGAACUUGAUAUUGUAGAUGGUGAACAGAAAGCUAGGGUAGCCCAUCCUCGUAAAGAUACAUGUAGUCGAGAAGUGUUCAGACAUGAUGACCUUAAAGACUUGGUCAAAUUGACCAGGGUCCGAGACCAUUUUAUAUUCAGUGUAGAAUCAACAGGAAUCCUGGCACCAGAGGUGUUAGUGUCACAAGCUAUACAGGUACUCAUGGCAAAAUGUAGAGAUGUUAUUCGAGAACUUGAUGAUAAAACUGUAUAGUUGCUGAUCAAACAAAUAAAAAAACACCAUAAAACAAA